CCUCUUUGGUGAUAGAGAAGAGGACUUUUAUUCUUCAAUCCAUAGGUCUUGAAUUUGCUUCAAUCCAUGAUGAGCACGAGGCAAUCGUUUUGAUUUGUUUGAAUUUUCUUCUCUACCUGCCAGAUCAAUCUGUCCUCAUAUUAUUGGUUAUUGUGGUGAUGCAUUAGUAACUUUCUCUUGCAGAGAUGUUGAUGAGGAAGCUAGGUAUUUGGUUAAGUAAUAAAGAGGAGGGCUUGGGUUGAGAACCCUGCUGCAAUACUACAUCUUGCACCACGUAGAGAGAAAGUAACCUCGGAGAAAACGGAUUCACAUCAGAAGAAAGAAUCACGAUCUUCAAUCAACUGCAUGUGAUGAUGUUUCAACUACAAAAAGGAAAAACCCAUUAUCUCUUCCACGAUUGCAUUCCUCUUCAAUUGAGGUAACCACCUACAAAAAUGCUUUAUGGAGAUAUGUUUAGGAUUUACAAACCAUUAGAAAAUAUUCUCAUGAAUGAGAAUCAAGAAGAAACCUGGAGGAGGGUGCUGCAAGGGAAAGGCAACAAAGACGGCAGUAGGAGGAGGGAAUAAACCUGAAGGAGGUAAAAACAAAAAAUGUGGCCGGAGAUAAUGUGUGAAUUUAUGAAAUUUCUUCAAGUUGAGGAAACGAUUAGGGUUUACAACGAGAGUAUGAGGUUUUAACUGUGAUAUGCUCCUGUUAGUCAUUGAUGCCAUCAACUGAUAUUCUUCUCAGUUGCUGUUGCCAAUGGGAGAAGAUGCUGCUCCAUCUGCGGGGAAUGGAAGGCAUUCUUGCAACAGUUGCCAUUUGAACUCUGAGUGUGUCUAUACAGUUGAAGACAAGAGAAGAGGUAAAGAUGAUAAACUCCUAGACUCAGUAAAUUUCUUUGAGGUUAAAGCUUGAAGAUGAUAUAAAUAGUGGAAGUUUUGACAUGAGAUGAAUCUAAGCCAUAAACUUUCUCUGUUGCAUCACAAAUAUGCUGGAAUGAGAAUGAGGAAAGGGAUAGGGUCGGUGUGUGCAUUUGAGGACUGCUUUUUAUGCACUUAGUUUUUUGUUUGAUCAAUGAUGAUAGUGGGUAGAUUAUUGCUAUAUUUUCAACAGAUUUAUGCAUAUAAAAUGCAGACCAUCUU